AUGGCGGCGGCCAUGGCAUUUCCACUGGCGGGCUCCUCAGAUGAGGUUGCCGGCGAUGCUCUAUUCAGGCUAGACACCCUCUUCCGAUGCUUCUGGGAAAAGCUACAACAUAGGCUUCCCACGUAUGCCCCACAAACCCUUCCAGUAUGUUUACCCACGAAGCCAACCCUCCACCCUCGAGCCCAAAA